AUGUUUCGUGGACUUGUAAGAAAAACUGUGCCGUUGGUUGCAUUUGGCGUUGGCUUAGCGGCCUUCCCCAAAGAAUGGAGAAAGGGAAACUUCAACACCGACAAGAAAUUGAUCCAUAUCAAUAACUUGGUACUCAAGCAAAUCGAGGCAACCGACGAGUACCAGAAACUCAUCCUGAACCCAGACUACAAGAAGUACACGUCCAGCAAGGCGUUCCCCGAGCAGCACCAUAAAAACUACGUCAACACGGGGCUUCUUUUUGGCCCAAACUUGAUGGAGAUCGACCCCGUGGUUUUCGUCAAUGACAAAACUGGAGAAUUGACAAGUUUCUACCAUCUAGGAGAUAAGCUCAUAAGUCAAGAUGGACAGAUCCACAAUGGGAUAGUCUCAACGAUACUUGAUGAAGGUCUUUGCUCGGCGGGAUUCCCACUUUUACCGUCAAAAAAGGGUGUCACAGCUAGUCUUCUGAUUGACUUUAAAAACCAAGCACCGCCACAGAGCACGGUAGUUUUGCAUGCAAAAGUCAAGGAGGCAAAGGGUAGGAAAGUCGUGAUUGAGGGCUACCUUGAGACCUUGCCGACCACGAAGCUGGAGAAACCGCUAUUGAUUGCCGAAUCGAAAUGCGUUCUUGUUGAGCCUAAAUGGUUUAAAUAUUUCAGGUGGCUACAGGUGUAA